GAAGAGCCGCUUUUUAUUGCUGUAAUUUAAGAACUCUACAGCGGACUCGGGGCUGCUUCUGAGGAAAGCCGGCCCGAAGGCUCUGGGCGAAGCGCAGCCAGUGGUGAACAAACAGAUCUUUGAUAGCCAGAUUAUCUCCAAUUAGCAAAAUCCAAUCAAUCAAGACUGUGUAUAUGAAAAAGAAUUCACUGUCUCCAAAAUUGAUUUCACAUGCAGUUUUGAAGAUGACACCCAAACAUGAAAAACAGGAAUUUGUAACAGUCUUGGUGCGAGAUCCUAAGGUUCAAAAGGAAGACACUUGGCAUUCAUAUAUAGACUAUGAGAUCUUCAUUCAUACGAAUAGCAUGUGUUUUACAAGAAAAACAUCUUGUGUCCGGCGGCGUUUUCGGGAGUUUGUGUGGCUUCGUCAAAGACUUCAGAGUAAUGCUGUGCUGAUACAAUUGCCAGAACUUCCAUCCAAAACUCCAUUUUUUAACAUAAAUAAUCCCCAGCAUGUUGACCAUCGUCGGCAAGGCUUGCAAGAAUUCCUCCAACAGAUACUCCAGAAUCCACUGCUGCUUUCAGACAGUAGACUUCACCUCUUUGUACAAACCCAGCUGAAUCCAGAAGAGAUUGAGGCGUGUGUAUCUGGACAUACUAAAUACUCUGUGGCCGAUGCAAUCCAACAGUUUGCCUCUUUGAAACGUCGUUUCCCUGUAGAACACGAAGAAAAGAAAAAUGAAAAUUAUGCGGAUUCAGAUUCUGAGAGUUCAUCCUCAGGGCUUGGACACAACAGUGAUGAUAGCAUUUCACACGGAUGUAAAGCAAGCACAGUUUCUGAAGAAUCCUGAAAUAUUAUUGUAUACUGCUAUCACUGAAAUGACAGAUAAUACCUUCCAUUGUGGUUGAAAGUUACAUGUUAUACUUCCGUCCAGUUGUCAAGCCUUGUCUUUUUUUUAUUCUUUCAUUCAUUUUACAUUUGUAUGCAUUUACAGCCAAUACUGAAUCAUACAAAUACUGCCCAUACCUAACUAAAUGGGAUUCUUUGACAUGAUUUCUUUUGAACUCUUACUGCAGGAAUAAAACUCUAAUUAAAUCCUGAAAACUAUA